AUGAAGAAACUUUUCAAGGGCACUGAUUUGAAGAUCAACGCCAACUCGAACCUCCACGACCCUCAGAGGAACAUGUACGAGUUCACUGUGGAUCAGCAAGGGGAGGAUUGGGCAGCUAGUGCUAAGCUGGCCUAUCAGGGGACCUGGAUAUCCAAUGUCAGCUUUGCCCAAGAGGUCACCAACAACCUCUCGUUGGGUGGAGAGCUGACUCAUGUCGCAGUUAAUGGUGUGUCUAUUGGAGGCUUGGGAGCUCGUUAUGUAUGGGGCCCUAACUACUUGAGCUUCGCCUUGGGCCGACAACCUGAUUUCAAACAGGGGCCGCAGGCUAAUGUACACUCUGCUAAGAUGCAGUAUGUGCGUAAGGUGUCUGACAGGCUGGCGAUUGGUAGUGAGUUCGAGUAUAGUCAACCUGAGCAGGAGAGUCAGCUGCGUCUGGGCUAUGAGUACACCUUUCGUCACGCUAGAGUUCAGGGCUUGUUGGACACCUGUGGAAAGGUCUCGUGCUUCGUCCAGGACUUCAUGGGCUUUGGCAUCAGCGGUAUGGUAGAUUUUGUGAAGGGCGACUAUCGAUUCGGUUUCAUGAUGCAUAUGGUGCCCCAGCCGGAAGAUGCAGCAGCGGCUGGUGGGGCUCCUACUUCUGCGUGA